AUGUUUAAGAGAAACAACUUACAAAGGACAAAAUUACAAAGGAUUUGUUUUGUCUUCAUUUUUGUUCUACUCCUGCUCCUCUUCUUCUUUUGUUCUCCUCCUCUUCUCUUUCUUCCUUUAUUCUCCUCCUCUUCCCUUUCGUCCUUUAUUCUCCUCCUCUCCUCUUUCUUCCUUUAUUCUCCUCCUCUUCCCUUUUGUCCUUUAUUCUCCUCCACUUCUCUUUCUUCCUUUAUUCUCCUCCUCUUCUCUUUCUUCCUUUAUCCUCUUCCUCUUCUCUUUCUUCCUUUAUUCUCCUCCUCUCCUCUUUCUUCCUUUAUUCUCCUCCUCUUCUCUUUCUUCCUUUAUUCUCCUCCUCUCCUCUUUCUUCCUUUAUUCUCCUCCUCUUCCCUUUCUUCCUUUAUUCUCCUCCUCUUCCCUUUCGUCCUUUAUUCUCCUCCUCUUCUCUUUCUUCCUUUAUUCUCCUCCUCUUCUCUUUCUUCCUUUAUUCUCCUCCUCUUCCCUUUUGUCCUUUAUUCUCCUCCUCUUCUCUUUCUUCCUUUAUUCUCCUCCUCUCCUCUUUCUUCCUUUAUUCUCCUCCUCUUCCUUUUGUCCUUUAUUCUCCUCCCCUCCUCCUUCCUUUAUUCUCCUUUCCCUUUUGUCCUUUAUUCUCCUCCCUCCCCUCUUUCUUCCUUUAUUCUCCUCCUCUCCUCUUUCUUCCUUCCUCUUGCCUUUUGUCCUUUAUUCUCCUCCUCUUCUCUUUCUUCCUUUAUUCUCCUCCUCCCUCUUCCUUCCCUUUCUUCCUUUGUCCUUUAUUCCUCCUCCUCUCCUUUUCUUCCUUUAUUCUCCUCCUCUUCUUUUUGUCCUUUAUUCUCCUCCUCUUCUCUUUUCUUCCUUUAUUCUCCUCCUCUUCUCUUUCUUCCUUUAUUCUCCUCCUCUUCUCUUUCUUCCUUUAUUCUCCUCCUCUCCUUUCUUCCUUUAUUCUCUCCUCCUCUUCCCUUUCGUCCUUUUCUCCUCCCUCCCUCUUCCUUUUUCUCCUCCCUUUCUUUUCUUCCUUUAUUCUCCUCUCCUCUUUCUUCCUUUAUUCUCCUCCUCUUUCUUUCUUCCUUUAUUCUCCUCCUCUUCUCUUUCUUCCUUUAUUCUCCUCCCCUUCUCUUCGUCCUUUUAUUCUCCUCCUCUUCUCUUUUCUUCCUUUAUUCUCCUCCUCUUCCCUUUUCGUCCUUUAUUCACCUCCUCUCCUCUUUCUUCCUUUAUUCUCCUCCCUCUUUCUUUCCUUUAUUCUUCCUCCUUUCUUUCUUUUAUUCUCCUCCCUCCUCUUUCUUCCUUUAUUCUCCUCCUUCUCUUUCGUCCUUUAUUCUCCUCCUCUUCUCUUUCUUCCUUUAUUCUCCUCCUCUUCUCUUUCUUCCUUUAUUCUCCUCCUCUCCUCUUUCUUCCUUUAUUCUCCUCCUCUUCUCUUUCUUCCUUUAUUCUCCUCCUCUUCUCUUUCGUCCUUUAUUCUCCUCCUCUUCUCUUUCUUCCUUUAUUCUCCUCCUCUUCUCUUUCUUCCUUUAUUCCUCCUCCUCUUUCGUCCUUUAUUCUCCUCCUCUUCCCUUUCUUCCUUUAUUCUCCUCCUCUUCUUUCUUCCUUUAUUCUCCUCCUCUUCUCUUUCUUCCUUUUAUUCUCCUCCUCUUCUCUUUCGUCCUUUAUUCUCCUCCUCUUCUCUUUCUUCCUUUAUUCUCUCCUCUCCUCUUUCUUCCCUUUCUUCCUUUAUUUCCUCCUCUCCUCUUUCUUCCUUUAUUCUCCUCCUCCUCUUUCUUCCUUUUUCUCCUCCUUUAUUCUUUCCUCCUUUAUUCUCCUCCUUCUUUCUUCCUUUAUUCUCCUCCUCUUCUCUUUCUUCCUUUAUUCUCCUCCUCCUUUCUUCCUUUAUUCUCCUUUCUUUCUUCCUUUAUUCUCCUCCUCUUCCCUUUCGUCCUUUAUUCUCCUCCCUCUUCCCUUUCUUCCUUUAUUCUCCUCCUCUUCCCUUUCGUCCUUUAUUCUCCUCCUCUCCUUUUCUUCCUUUAUUCUCCUCCCUUCCUUCCUCUCCUCCUCUUUCUUCCUUUAUUCUCCUCCCUCCCUUUUCUUCCUUUUUCUCCUCCUCUUCCCUUCGUCCUUUAUUCUCCUCCUCUUUUUUCUUCCUUUAUUCUCCUCCUCUCCCUUUUUCUUCCUUUAUUCUCCUCCCUUCCUCUUUCGUCCUUUUAUUCUCCUCCUCUUCUCUUUCUUCCUUUAUUCUCCUCCUCUCCUCUUUCUUCCUUUAUUCUCCUCCUCUUCCCUUUCUUCCUUUAUUCUCCUCCUCUCCCUUUUCGUCCUUUAUUCUCCUCCCUCUUCCCUUUCUUCCUUUAUUCCUCCCUUCCCUUUCGUCCUUUAUUCUUCCUCCUCUUUCUUUCUUCCUUUAUCCUCUCCUUUCUUUCUUCCUUUAUUCUCCUCCUCUCCUCUUUCUUCCUUUUAUUCUCUCCCCUCUUCCUUUCGUCCUUCAUUCUCCUCCUCUCCCUCUUUCUUCCUUUAUUCUCCUCCUCUUCCCUUUCUUCCUUUAUUCUCCUCCUCUUCUCUUUCUUCCUUUAUCCUCUUCCUCUUCUCUUUCUUCCUUUAUUCUCCUCCUCUCCUCUUUCUUCCUUUAUUCUCCUCCUCUUCCCUUUCGUCCUUUAUUCUCCUCCUCUCCUCUUUCUUCCUUUAUUCUCCUCCUCUUCUCUUUCUUCCUUUAUUCUCCUCCUCUCCUCUUUCUUCCUUUAUUCUCCUCCUCUUCUCUUUCUUCCUUUAUUCUCAUCCUCUUCUCUUUCGUCCUUUAUUCUCCUCCUUCUCUUUUGUCCUUUAUUCUCCUCCUCCUCUUCUUCAGACAUGUAA